AUGGAAGACGUAGAUGAAGAGAUAGUGAGGAGAAUCAAUGACGAGAAAGUGAAGAGAGGCAUAGCCAUUAUGAGAUGCAAGUCUAAACUCCACAUUCGCAACAUCAACCAAGAAAGAACCAAAACUGUAAAAGAGAAUCUGGAAGCUUUAAAGAUAAGACUCGAAGAAACUGAAGACGAACUCAAGUACUUUACCACUACUAAUGCGGAAUUGGUUGGAGAAGUUAUGCAACCUCUAGGCAAAGAAAGAUUUCUUGUGAAAGUAAACGAAGGAGUUCGUUACAUAGUUAAUCGCUCAAGCUUAGCAGCUCACUCAAAGCUAGUUUCUGGAACCAGAGUUAGUCUUCAGAGAAGAACGUUUACUAUAAUGAGAAUCCUCCCUCCUAAGGUUAAUCCAUUCGUUCAGAAGAUGGUGUAUCAACAUGAUGGUGGUGAUGUUAGUUACUCAGAUCUUGGUGGGUUAACUCAUCAGCUCAGAGAUGUAAGAGACUGGAUUGAACGUCCUCUCAUAGAUCCUGACAUUUUUGAACGAGUUGGUGUAAAGCCUCCCAAGGGAGUGCUUCUCUAUGGACCUCCUGGUACUGGAAAGACAUUGUUAGCCAAAGCAAUCUCUAGCAAUAUCAAUUCAACUUUCUUGAUGGUUGUUUCUAGCUCGCUUGUUAGCAAAUACGUGGGAGAGAGUUCAUUGUUGGUGAGAGAGAUGUUUAAGUAUGCUCGUGAACAUCAAAUAAGUUCUCUUGAUGACUACUUGUUGCCAUGCAUCAUCUUUAUGGAUGAGAUUGAUGCUAUUGGUAGACGUAGAUCCAGCUACGGAGAAGGAGAUACUAGUGAGUGUGACAGAGUUCUUAUCGAGCUUCUCUCUCAACUUGAUGGAUUCAACGAACUUGAUAAGGUGACAGUUAUAAUGGCAACAAACAGACCUGAUGUUCUUGACCCUGCCCUUCUUCGACCUGGUAGAAUCGAUAAGAAGAUAGAGUUCUCAUUGCCUAACGAAGAUUCCAGAAUGAGAAUCAUUAAGAUUCAUGCUUCUGGAAUUACUAAACAAGGAGAUAUCGACUACGAAAAAGUCGUGAAGCUAUCUGAGGGAUUCAGUGGAGCAGAUAUGCGUAACAUAUGUACCGAAGCAGGGAUGUUAUCUUUACGUGCAGGGCACGAUUACGUUGUCCCCAACGACUUCAUUAAGGCUGUAACGAAACUAGGCGAAGCGAAGAAACUUGAGUCCAGUGCACAUUACAGUGCUGGUUUCUGA